AUUACUGAUGUUUGCAAAUGUAUAUAGUAGAUGCUAAUAAAAGGUAGUGAAAAGCGAUGUUACUAUUGUUUGUUCAGAUGAUUUGACUAAUUGAAUCGACAUGCGUCUAUAUGACAUUUUUAAACUAAAUUUUAUCAAUUGAUACCUAUUCCAAGAAUUUUUUAAAAUUUUCCCCAUCCUUUUACAGUACACUAUUUGGAUUUAAUUAAAUGUCAACAUCUUCUGGAAGUGGAAGUAGACGUAAUCGGUUGAAUCUUACACUUCCGAGUUCUGCUAUCCAAUCAUCAGAUAAUUGUUCUACAACAGAUAAAAAAUCUGAAGAACCUGUCACAAAUGCCGAGUUGAAUAAAUCUUCAGAUAGUUUACAAGAAUCAUUACAAAGGAAUGGAACUUCAAAAGCUACAUCAUUAUCAGAUAAAUUGGAUGAUAAUAAUAAUCUAACGAAUUCAUCUCAGCCUGUGAAAACAUCUCAACAAACUAGUAUCUAUCGACCAAGUGCUCAUCAUUCACAUCCACAUUCUGUGCAUCGUAGAAUCCCACCACCACUCACAGAUCUUCGUUUGUCUCCAAAGAAAACCCAUACGCCGUCAAACGAUAAUCUAUUUAGCCCGAGAGGCGAUCGAAACAAUGAACAUCGUUAUUCAAAUAGGAUCAGCACAGGACCUGUUGAUGUUGCUGAAGUUUUAAAACAAUUAGCAAUACAAGAUUUAGAUGAUAAUCAACGACGUCGAUUAAGUGCAUUUGUAGCAGAUAAACAAAAAAUUGGUGAAUUACAUCCAGAAGAUUUUGAAAAAUUAAAUGAAUUAGGUAAAGGUAAUGGUGGUGUAGUUAGUCGUGUACGUCAUACAACAACUGGUUUAAUUAUGGCUAAAAAAAAUAUUCAUUUAGAAAUUAAACCAAUUGUUAAAACACAAAUUAUACGUGAAUUACAAGUAUUACAUGAUUGUAAUUCACCUUACAUUGUUGGUUAUUAUGGUGCAUUUUUUGCUGAUGGUGAUAUUAGUUUAUGUAUGGAAUACAUGGAUGGUGGAAGUUUAGACAUUGUUCUAUUACAUGCUGGUCGUUUACCUGAACCAAUUGUUGCUAAAAUAUUAUAUUCUGUAAUACGUGGUCUAGUUUAUUUACGUGAAGUAUUACAUAUUAUACACAGAGACGUCAAACCAUCCAACAUCCUUGUAAAUCGUACAGGUGAUGUGAAAUUAUGCGAUUUCGGUGUAAGUGGUCAACUGAUCGAUUCUUUGGCUAAUUCAUUUGUUGGCACAAGAAGUUACAUGGCACCGGAACGUUUAACAGGUGAACAAUACAAUACAUUAAGUGAUGUAUGGAGUUUGGGUUUGUCAUUAGUUGAACUGGCAACUGGUCGAUACCCGAUUCCAGCGAUUGAAGAUGAAAACGUUUAUUUAAGCGCUUUCAGUUCACAUCGAGAUGUAAACUUGGAACAACAUUUAGAAGCAGCUAAAGAAGGGAAGCCACUUCCUGCUGUCAACAGUCCAAGUUCCGGUCCAAUGGCAAUAUUUGAACUUUUAUCCUAUAUUGUAGAUCAACCACCACCUCGUUUACCAAAAUUUUGCUUCUCUGAUGAUUUUAUCGAUUUAGUUGAUUCAUGUCUUCGACGUCCAGCUAGUGAUCGACCUUCUUUAGAAAAUCUUUUAAAGCAUAGAUUUGUUGUAACAGCAGCUGGUGCAUGUCCAUCAGGUAAUGUUCAACGUCAAAGUACAGUAAUAGAUAUUCGACAAACAGGUGGAAUUGUUGAUUCAAAUCAAUUUGAAGAUCCAAUUAAUAUUGGACAUUAUCUUUCUUCUGUAUUACCAUCAAUGUCAAAUGAUGAUGGAACUAAUCAAAGUUCUUUUUAA